CGUUUGGUGAGUGUGAUAUGUGGAAUUCUAUCCCUUUUUAAUCUCCGCGACAGGAUUAGCCGUAGCAGAGUUAGAAAACGAAAAAGUUAUGCAACACUUCAUGUCGGCAUUGUCACCCUUUCAGCACAGUAAGAACCGCUUUGAUCGACAAACGACCACAAGUGCGUUCAUCACGCCUUAUGAAUUCUCCUCUACCUUUGACGAUCCCCAGUUCGUUUAUCGUUACAACCGCCAUGUCAUUGAAGUCGAGUCAUGCACGGAACCUUCCUCAUUCUAUCAUCAUUGCAUAUCGGCCAAUAUAUUGUCUCGCUACGCCAAAACAAAGCGUAUCCCACGUUUUGGACAGCAGCUACUCCGAACAGCCUAUGCUUCUGAUCGUGGCCGCGGACAGACAACAUAUUUAUCACCUGUUUUGGUUCUAUGUUGACACGAAACGAAUCCGAAAAGUGGACUUGGACAAUGUGCUUGACGACGAUAUUACAGCGAUUGCCAUGACAAAAUCUCCUUUCACUUUGAUCGAAAAGUCGGUAAAGGAAAUUGAAGCAAAGCAAAACUUACGGCACUUGGUGACCAUUGGUCGACGAGAUGGAUCCAUGACCUUUGUACUCUUGGCAUGUGAAAACAACAAGGUCCUUGGCCGCUUGGCAGAGACCCACUCACGCAUCAAAGGCAAUGCAGCCAUUACGUCAAUUGCUAUUUUAUCUCAAUGUGGCAGAGACAAACGCAGAGGGCACAAUGAUCCACGCAUUAUUCUCGGCACGGAGAAUGGGAUUGUACACAGUUAUCGCUUGCGCGCUACCUUGAAGAAAGAAAUUCUGAUAUUGCCUAGCAUUGAUUUCAGUGCCUUUGUUCGAUACCCCAAUGCAUCCAAGGAACAUCAUAUUUCGUUGCUGUAGGUCAACCUUCUCUUCAGGAAAAAGGAUUUUUGCAAAGUGAAUGUAAUAUUCGACUGCUGGAAAUUGGUGGAAAUGGACUUAUUCGGCUCGUUGACCAAGUCAAACCGCAAUCCCCGGCCGGCGCUCAGGCCACCGUGACCUCCCUGAGGAUCCUUGAAAGUCUGUAGUAAAAGAAAACUAAACAAGGAAUGCACAUGUCGCGGUAAACCGUACUAACACAUGAACUUAGCUUGGAAAGAUUAUUACUAUCUCUCAGUCAUCUUUCAGUGGCAGAAGCAUGCGAUGUUUGACACCUUUGAAACUUCUUACGAAGGCGGACUGUGG